AUCGAUAAGUCCGCUGUCAACUGCUAUAUAUGCAACAUUAACAAACAAAACAACAUUAACAACAAAAUGGUUAGCAGAGGCAUAGAAAGUGCGAGCAAAGUGCCGACAUUCCAUGUCAUACGGGAGGUGUACGAUAGCUCCAAUGCCCACGAGCGCUUCGAGGCCGAGCUGGAGAAGGCGCUGGAAGCCAAGGUAGACUUUAUUAUCAUCGAGCCGCCUCGCCUCGGCGACGAAACAGGUCGCUGGAUUUGGGUUGGCAAUUGUCUGCACAAAUCGGCUGUGGCCACCGGAGCUGUCUCGCUGCUAGCCAGUUUGCUGUGGCACGACAGGCCCAUUGUUGCGGCACCCAUCUGUGCGCUCUCACUCUUCUGCACGGGCCUGUACACAGUUUCCUGGAACUCGGAUCCUUGUUGUCAAUAUCAGGUGGAGAACGAUGCCGUACUGGAGAAGCUGCCACUAACAGAUGUAUCCUCGCCUGUGAUCCUGGGCUUUGCGCCCAAUUCAAAAACCAAAUACUUGCACCGUGGCGUCACUUUCCUGUCUGCAGCGCUGUGCGCUUGGCAGAUCUGGCGGUCAUACAAGUAGAGGCCAGGCAGCAGCAUGUGGGGAUUAAACAAUAAUUAAUAAGUUUAUUUUAGGCACCUAAGCGAAUGCAUUUGAUUUAGAUUUCCCCCUCGUACCAGUAACCAGCAACCAGUAGCCAGUCUUGUGUCUUGUGUGACACACACACACACACACACACACACACACACACACAAAUUGCAUGUGAUUGAAAGUGUAAAUUGUUGUAAAAGCAUCGUGUAAAAGUCUCAGUUGUUACCAGCGCCAUGCUCAUGUCUUAUUUUCGACGUAUGCCCACGAUAAAAGUUGGUCUUUUAAAUGAGGAGCAGAGUCAGUCCAUUGUUCGGAGAAAGCGCUGUAUAAAUAAUUAAGUAAAAUGCCCAAUAUUCUGUGUAUAAAUCAAUUAAUCAUUGUUACUAGCAAUUAAUUAAACAAACAA